GUGACAGACAACCUCCUCGAUCGUGGCAUCUUCGUACUAUCAUGGCUCGCUGCCUGCAUCGUCGCGCUAUGGUGCCCUCCAACAAAAAGAAGACGUCCUCGACGUCUACGAACGUCGCUGGUGGAAAGGCCACGACGGUUGCGGUGCCCGCGGUGCCUAUAUUUCCGCCGCUAUCCUGCAAAGCGGUUCUCAACACCCGUACCGCGGCCAAACGGGGGACGGAGAAGCGUGCGACGAGCGGUACAUGACUCGAUUGUUCAUACCGAUAGCGACAGUCCCGGACACAUCGGGUCCUCUCGUCUCUCGCACAUGGCUCCGCAACCCCACGCCCUCUGGCGUGCUGGCAGGCCUAUGUAUUGGUGUCAUCUCGCACGGUCGAGACAAGACAUCCUCAGCCCAUGUCAUACUGGCACGCUACCGGCCCUCGCAGCCGGCUAGCAUCCACACGGGAGCCCGUGCGCGCGAGGUUGUUUCCUCCGAUACACCUUCGCCCUAUAACCUCCUGCAGCUCCCCAAAGACGUCGUUUCAUUGUUGUAUUGACUAAUCGGGGGCGGGUCCCGGGAGUGUGGGGUCGGGAAGCUUCUACACGGACUGGAGGAUGCUGUAAGAUGUUAAGGGGGUGACGGGCUGUGGUCGAGAAUGGAACUCACGGGAUGCUGCUUGCCUGGUGCUUCUGUAAAAAUAUCCUGGGUUUACCAUCUCAAUAGCAAAAGCUCCA